AUGACUCCUUCCAAUGUUUGUUAUGAUCAUUUGGAUUGUAAUGGAACCAGUUGUGGCAGCUGGUUCUUCUCUUCCUCAUCAUCAUUUGAUGAUGAAUAUGAAACAGGAGAAUUCAAGAGGAUGAAAACAUUAAUUGAAAGCAACCAUGGAAGGAGACCAUCUUACAAUUAUGAAAGGAACAAUAUCCUUUUUCGCGCCAAAAGUAUUGCCAACUUGUCAAAGAUUCGUCUACGCGAACAAAUAUGGACUUACAAUCAGAUGUACCGAGCGGCGGAAGCCAUGGAGGAUGUUUUCGUCUCCGAUGGAGAAAAACAUGAAGAAAACGAAACCGGAGGAGAUGGGAUGAAGCUCGUCCAACUCCUCGUUUCUUGUGCAGAAGCGGUUGCUUGUCGCGACAAAUCCCACGCCUCGAUUCUUCUAUCAGAACUAAACUCGAUCGCUUCGGUGUUUGGCACCUCAUUCCAACGUGUCGCGUCUUGCUUUAUCCGAGGGUUGGAGGAGAGACUAGCUCAAGUCCAGCCACUCGGGUCUGUCGGGAUGGUCAACAUCCCGACUAUGAAUCUAAUGGACAUGGUCGUGUCGAAUCAACAAAAGGAAGCGUUGAGUUUGGUUUACGAGAUAUGUCCACAUAUCAAGUUUGGUCACUACGUGGCCAACGCAACAAUAUUGGAAGCCUUUGAGGGAGAGAGUUAUGUCCACGUGGUUGACCUAGGAAUGACACUAGGUCUGUCAGGUGGACAUCAGUGGAAGAAUCUUAUAGAAACCCUAGCCAACACCCGGUCCGACAAGCCUGUCCCACUUCGUCUGAGGAUAACCGCUGUUGGACUCGCGGUCGAACGGUUCAACGUCAUCGGAGAUGAGCUCGAGAGUUACGCGGAGAGCGUAGGGAUAAACUUGGAAUUUACCGUAGUUAAGAGUAACUUGGAGAAUUUGAAGCUGGAAACUAUCAAAGUUAAGGAGAAGGAAGUUGUGGUUGUGAAUAGCAUUCUCCAACUUCAUUGUGUUGUGAAAGAGAGCCGAGGCGCGCUAAACUCGGUGCUCCAAAUCGUUCACGGUCUGGCACCGAAAGCGUUGAUCCUCGUCGAGCAAGACUCAAGCCAUAAUGGACCGUUCUUUCUUGGCCGGUUUAUGGAAGCUCUCCAUUACUAUUCGGCCAUUUUCGACUCGCUGGAUGCCAUGUUGCCUAGGUACGACACGAGGCGUGCUAAGAUGGAGCAGUUUUACUUUGCGGAAGAGAUCAAGAAUAUCGUAAGCUGCGAAGGACCGGGUAGGGUCGAGAGGCACGAGCGGUUGGACCAGUGGAGGAGAAGGAUGAGUCGGGCAGGGUUUCAACCGUCGCCAAUAAAGCUGUUGGGUCAGACCAAACAGUGGAUUGGGAAGAUGAAGGCUUGCGACGGUUACACUGUGGUCGAGGAAAAAGGAUGUUUGGUCCUUGGAUGGAAAUCCAAGCCAAUUGUUGCAGCUUCUUGCUGGAAAUGCUGAAUAUCAUAACAACAACAAUAUAAUCCUUAAAAUAGUAAAUAAAACUACCCGAA